AUGGAAAAAAAAGAAGACAAAAGCAAAGAAAUUGAAGGAUUUGAUGAGGAAAAAGAAGAGUUUUUUGAGGGAAAAAAUGGAGACAAAUUAGCGUUUUUUUAUGGAAUGUCCCCAGGAACAAUUGAAGCGAAGCGAGGACAUGCAGUAGCGGUUAAAUAUAAGAAAACAGGGGAUCUAGUGAGUGGAUAUCUAUGGAAUAUUGAUCCAUGGUCUGGAACGGUGUUUAUUUUUCAGAGGGGAGAAAACGAGACGGCGGCAAUGUGUGUGAUUAUGUCGGAUUCUGUAUUCAGUAUUACGUGUAGUGGAAGCAAUGAGCCUAUAACUGUGGAAAUGAUGGAUGCUUAUGUGAGUCUGGAUGAAAUGUAUGUCUCUCAGAAGUACGUAUAUGAAGAUAAAGGGUAUUUUUCUGCAGAAUGUAGAAGUUGUAUAAAUUUUGAUGUUUAUUGUGAAUCAGUGUUCAAAAAAACAUGUAUACCUGUUUUUAUAGUAUAUCUAUUAGAUCGAGCAACAACGGAUCAUUGA